CCAGAGGAAACCAAAGAUCUCAGCUUCAAGGAAGCUGAUGCUCAAGAGUCUGAUGGUGGCAAAGGCCAAGGAGGAAUUGGAGCAGGAGAUCCUUGUUAAAGAGGAGGAGAAACACAGGUAUCUGGCAGAGAGAGCUCCUCCUCUAAACACCAGCACUCUGAGCCUUGGACAGCUACAGGAUCUCUGCAGAGAGCUCCAUGCCAAAAUAGAUGUGGUGGAUGAGGAGCGAUAUGACAUUGAAGCCAAAGUUAUGCUCAACACACGUGAGAUUAAAGAUCUGAACAUCAAGGUGUUGGAUCUCAGGGGGAAAUUCAAGAGGCCCAAUCUUCGACGUGUUCGUGUGUCUGCUGACGCCAUCCUCCGUUCGUUGCUCGGCUCCAAGCACAAAGUCUCCAUGGACCUCCGAGCCAACCUCAAAUCUGUCAAGAAAGAGGACGCUGAGAAGAAGAGGCCGGUAGAAGACAGCGACUGGAGGAAGAAUGUGGAGGCCAUGUCAGGGAUGGAGGGAAGGAAGAAAAUGUUCGACGCUGCUAAGGGUCCUGCCCAGUGAACACAGAAGGAGGACUGGUGUCACGUGAGCGCCAUCACUCCUGCUGCUUCUCAGUUGAUUUUGUUACAGUUUUUUGCAGUGUCUGGAUUUCUGUCUCAUGCUGUCAUCCUUCCGUAUGCUCCUGCCAUGGAGGUGAGAAGAUGACCCUACACUCCCGGAAGGUUUUCUCCUCUUCUGUUUGCUGUUCUUUGUUAAGGUGUUAAAAAUGACUAUAUCUAUGUACCAUGUACACUUAUUGUUCUCACAACGGAUCUUUUUAGGCCCCUUAUGUCUGCAGAGAAAUGUCGAAAUGUGCAGCUCAUAUCUCCAACACACAAAUGUGGAUAGUAUGGUGACUUAAUCAGCAGGUCUAAUGUAAUCAUGGGUUGUGGUUUUAUGAACUGUAAAAAAAAUAAUAAUAAUGUGCACUUCAUCAGCUGUGUUUACAUGAAAACUGAUGCAACAA